AUGGCACAGAAAGGAACGCGCAUAGGACCGCUGCCUGGGGGUCGCUGGGGCGCGUCUGGAGCUGGCGCUGGACGCGGCAGCAUGCGGGCCGCCAGCCGAGCGCGAGGAGCUGCACGAUCACCUAGCAGCCCCUCGCAUCCAUCAUCCCCACCAGAAGGCUUGGUGUCGGCUGGGUCUUCUAGGACCCAGCAAGCGGCACCCGCCGCUGGUGGAGCACGUCGCAUGCGUUGGACAAAAUCCAUGAACGAAAACGCAUUGCGGGCGUACUAUAGGGCGAAAGGGGAAGAAACUGUGGGAAUAGCGUAUAGGUCUCGGUGCAUUGCUUUUUUGCUGAGCUGGAGCCGUCUAUCUCCGUCACGGAACAAAACCUGGCAGACCGAGUUCGGUACAUCAUGCGCUCGAAAAUAUUUGAUGAUGCCGAACUCGAACGACUACGACGUGAGGCUAUUCCGUCGUCGAAUUAAUCGGCUAUGGCUGGAGAUGCAGCUCCACAUUCGACAGACCAGCAUCCACACGUGGAAGCCGCCAUGGAUCUUCCAGUUGUGGUUGAUUCGAACGACGAUGAAAUAG